GUCUGAGACUAAUAACGAUCUUCUCCGUCAGCGUCGCACACAAAAGCAGAUAUGGCGACCAAGACAGCCGCCGCCAGAGAAUAUAGGAGGAAAAAGAUCCUCGACAGAGGUGCCGACCGAUUAGCUUUUAUCGCUGGUCGGACCCCAACUCUUCCAUCAGAAUCCAAUGGCAUGCCACACCCUGACUCUUCUCAACAAUUGGAUUCCCAGCUCCACCAUCAGGACCCGCAGCUUGAUCUCUCUGCUCAAAUCGCCGCUUCUCCUAGUGGUGAGGAUGGAAAACUCAGUUCAAUUCAGCAAAAUAAUGAUUCCACUAUUGAUGCUGGCCACAGUGAGAACAGUAUAAAAUCUUCCUCGUACAUACAUGAGAGGAGUACUGAAACCUUGAGAGCUUCUGCUUCAGAUGGAGUCAGCAAUGAACACUCCUCUUCGGCUUCAUCAACAGAUCACAAGUCAACUAUCCCAAAUUCAGGCACUGUGCAACACUUGGAAUCACAAACAUGUCUGAAUAGAUUUGUGACUCCGAGUCAAAUAAGUUCUGCCAUUGCAGCAUCUGAGAGAUCCCGAGUUUUUUGUUCUAUAACUUUCGCCCUUCUUGUUGUCUUAUCAUAUAUGGGAUUCCCACUACUGGGCAGCAACAUAAUAAAUAGCAUCAUAAGUUUUAGGCCUCUUUAUCUUGUUCUUCUCACAAAUCUGACACUUGUGGUGGCACGGCUUCUUUUCAACAAUCGAAGAGGUUUUGGAAGGGUGGUUGCUGGAGAAUUUAGUGUACCUUCAACGGGCAAAUAUGACUGGGCUGAGCAGGCAGGUAAAGCUUUGGAGGUAGGUUUGUUGAUGCAGAAGGCCAUUGAGGCAAUAUUCAUGGAUUUUAGUGUAUAUGCAGUAAUAGUAAUUGCUUUCUUUUCCUUUGUCCAGUGACUCAACUACUUGAUUUUGUAUGUAAUUUAUUUCAACAUGUAUUAAUUCAUAUGGAUGUUGGCUGGGUUCCUACUUAGCCUAUUAAUUCUUCCUUGAACAGCACUGAUUAUGGUGACAAUGUCUCUUUGGUUGCUAAGUAAAUUUAUUAUUUCUUUUUUCUUCCUA